AUGAAGGGCAAAUCUGUGCUGAAUCUCAGGCCGUGGCCGAAAAUCCACCAGCCGCUGCCUCGGUCGCCGCGAGAAUCGCAGCAGCUGUUGUCCGCCCUCACGACGUCUUUUCGGCGGCAGCUCGACGCUGCAGAUACAAACCAGCCCGCACAGUCGGCAAAUGAGCAUAUGCAGACCGUUCUCAACAAUCCUCUGUUUCGCGUCGUGCCACCGGGGCUGACCUAUCCCCAACCAGCUGCAGCAUCCAGAGCUAGCCUGGGCGAGAGAAUAGCCAAGGAGCCAAUGGCCGUCUUUGACGAGCUGGUGGCAGCAGGGUCUAUCAACCGCGAGAACCUCGGGAACUGUCUGAACUCACAGCUGGCCUUGAUCGGCUCUCAGUCGUCCGAUAUCAAGCAAGAGAUGCAAAAGACAGGCGCAGGCUCAAGGAUAGUCAAUUGGUUCUGGGCUUCCGAUCCGGCCUCGCGAAAGCAUCUGUUCAGAUCCCAACGGACCUCGAGAGCAGCACUGAAGUUCAUGACUGCAGAAGGCCUUCACAACGAGAUCGCGGUUUUUCUGAGGAUGCUGAAAGAGCUCAACCUGGGCGGCAACAAUGGACACAUUCCCGAGUAUCCUGGGAGACGCAUGUUUAAAUUUUUCUUACAAGACUACAUGGAGGCCGAUGUCCGCUAUGGGCGAGGGAUAAGCGGUGCAUUUGCUACUCUCAUCCAUGCCGCCGAACUGACUACCUCGAUGCCGGAUGGGGUGCGAGCCCACAUGCUCAGAGGCGGCGCCAUAUAUCUUUUGAGAUCCAUAGUCUCCCAUGGCAGAAGCAGCUUGCUGGACAACGUGUCUACUGCUGGAUUUGAUCGUUUCUGCGAGGUUCUGGAUUCCCUUCCCGCACUGGAAUUAAGAAGUGAGGCUCUACAGUUAUACCAUCCAUCCCACCCUACGGCCCAACCUUUCCUGAAAUACAUCCGCGAACACCCGGAGGAGGAGGCUUUCUCGUUCUCUCCCCCCGAGCAAGCGCAGGAAGCCGUUCUUCAAGCACAUUUGGACGCAUUGCGCCUGUUACUGGACCAAGAACGAUACAAGGAUGCCUUGCUGCUCGUUCCUAGAAUCCAGCAAAUGUUCUCGGAAGACGGGGUCGAAGCACACAACGCACACAGCACACACAGCACAUACAAUGGCCACGACUCGCGCUCCCAAAUGGACGAGCUCAUGGAACGACUGGACGUGGCACUGAUUUGA